CAUUACAUGACAGUAGAAACAAAGCAUAAAAGCACCAAAAGCACAAACCUUUUGUCGUCCUCGUACAUUGCGAAUGUGUUUGUGUGCUCAAUAUUGUUUGCAAACAAACCAUUGGAGUGCUUUUCCGACUUUUCCGGUAAACUACUACAGCUCGCAUAUCAUGAGUUCCGAGGAGGAUAACUGGUCUAUGCAAUGUUGUGAAUUGGAUGACAUGAUACCUUCACCGGAGGAGUUGGAAGAUGCCUUUGUUGCACUUGAGAAUGGGACCUACUCGCUAGAGUUAAACUGGAAGUGCCCCGGUCGAAGACCACCGUCGCCGGUACCAACGAACGAACCAAAGGUGGUUGAAGUUGUGGAGAAGGAGACACCAACUAAAAACAAGGAAUUUGACUUUAUGGAUGAUGUGUCGUUGCCGCAGAUGCGAGUUAGGACGCAAAAUAGUGGCCCAAAGGGAUCAGCUAAGAAGAAAACCACGAAUUUUGCUGGUGUGCUGGAUCAAAUGAAGAAACACGGUCGUUUGACCCCCCUCAAAGAAGGGAACUCUUCGAGUUCUUCCAAUAGUUAAUGUCAGCUAGCUAGUAUUAAGGAAUUUCAUGUAAAAACGUAUCAAUUUACUAACGCGCGCAAAUAUAGAUGUAAUAACAUUUUUCUUUG